AGUCGGUCAAGUUCUCGGCGUUCGUCGUCUCGUCCGCCCCGAAGCCCCACAUGAUGCCCGAGGCUCCGUCCAAGGUCAUGGCCCCCAAGAAGGGCUCGAAGAAGGCGGCCUCCAAGACGCGCCGGAAGGAGGAGCGCAAGCGCAGGAAGGCCCGGAAGCAGACGUACGGCAUCUACGUGUACAAGGUGCUGAAGCAGGUCCACCCGGACACCGGCAUCUCGUCCCGGGCCAUGAACGUCAUCAACUCCUUCAUCACCGACGUCUUCGACCGCAUCGCCUGCGAGUGCUCCCGCCUGAUCCAGUACAACAAGCGGCAGACCAUCUCCUCGCGGGAGAUCCAGACGGCGGUCCGGCUGCUGCUGCCGGGGGAGUUGGCCAAGCACGCCAUCUCCGAGGGCACCAAGGCCGUGACCAAGUACACCAGCUCCAAAUAAAGGCUCUCUUCCCCCUCCC